AUGGUGGUGGCUUCGUCGCCCGAUUACGCAAAGGAAUUUUGUAGAACCCACGAUGGAAUAUUCUCCGGGCGGCAUUUGCCAGCUGUCUAUCACUACCUUCAAGGUACGAUCGGUUCGUCGAUCGUACUUUCGCCCGAUUGCGGAAAAUCAUGGAAACUUUUACGAUCGAUCUGCCAGAAUUGCGUUUUCUCAUCCAGGGUUGUGGAGUCCAGCGCCUGGAUGAGAAAGACGAAGGCUAAGGAAAUUUUGGAUCAUUUGAGAGGUAAGGAUGGCGAAGUCGUAAAUCUUGAGGAUCUUAUGUUUGCCACCUUGGCGAAUAUGAUAUCGAGCGUUUUAACUUCGAGGGACCUAUUUGUUAUUAAUGGGGGGGCGGCGAAAGGUGAUAAUUAUGAGGUGAUGAUGGAUAUAGUAAACGAGGUUAUUGAAGGUACUACGGCUCCUGGAUUGGUCGAUUUCUUGCCGAUUUUGAAGGGGGUGGAUUUUUGGAGUAAAGGGAAGGCGAAAGAUAUUUGUCGGAAAAUAAAACUUACUUGGGGAGAUAUAAUUCAAGAAAGAAAAUCUUUCGGGCGUGAAAACCCGAGUUCGAAUCGAGAUUUCUUGGACACUGUCCUGUCUGAUACCACGUUUUCCGACGAUCAAAUUGGCAACGCUUUGAUGGAAAUAUUGAUUGGUGCUACAGACACUACGACUAUAACAUCGGUGUGGUUGAUGGUAGAAUUGAUUAAAAAUCCCGAGAUGUUGUCCAAAGUCCGCGACGAAAUAUCGCAGGCUUUCAAAGGCGACGAAUUGAACGAAUCGCUACUAUCUAACAAUUGCAAUUAUUUCCAGGCAUGCAUCAAGGAGACGUUACGACUUCACGUGCCGGCCCCACUUUUAGUGCCUCAUCGCGCAACGGAGGCAUGCAAAGUGAAUAACUACACAAUCCCGAAAAAUAGUAUGGUAUUGGUGAAUGCAUGGGGGAUUGCACGAGACCCUAGUUAUUGGGAGGAUGCUCCGAUUUUCAAACCCGAGAGGUUUUUGGAGUCAAAAAUAGGUCAUCGAGGAACACAUUUCGAAUAUUUGCCUUUCGGAACGGGAUUGAGAAUGUGCCCCGGUUCGACCGUUGCUUUUAAAAAUAUUCAAAUACUUGUGGGGUCUUUAUUGCAUUAUUUUGAUUGGAGCUUGCCUAAUGGUGAAGAUAUAAGUAGUAUAGAUACAAAUGAAAAGUAUAUCACUACUUUGAAGAAGGAAAAACCCUUGUUAUUGGUUAGCAGGAUAAGGGAACAAAAUGUUGUAGGGUAA